AUGAAACCUAUCUGGUUGGAUGUCGAUCCUGUUCGUGUCGAAUCCAAAGGAUUGGAGGAUGGACAUGACGAUGCUACAGCCCUUAUGCUAGCACUGAACCUGCCCAAUAUCAAGCUGUUAGGGGUGUCAACGACACACGGUAACGCAAGCAGCUACUACACUGCACUAAACGCUGCGCGGUGCCUCUUCGCGUUCGGUGCUAAACCGGGGGAGAUCUACGUCUACCCAGGUGCCGACAAACCCUUAAUUCUCCCAGCAAAACAUGAUCCAGAAAUCCACGGCGUUGAUGGUCUGGGAGGGGUCGAGGGUUUGCCUGCCCUUGACGAUCCACGAGUGCUACAAUUCUUCAAAGUGGAUGAAGAUGGGAAACGUGUUAGAGCAUUGGAAGCCAUGUCUGGAAUCAUCAGGCAGACAUGGAACGGUGGGAAGGGGGAGAAGGUCACGGUGGUCUCAACAGGGCCCAUGACGAACAUCGCGCUCUUUGUGAGCGUCUAUCCGGAUUUGUUGGAUGCCGUGGAAGAGUUCGUGUUCAUGGGAGGAGCGGUGGGUAUGGGUAACCGCUCCGCCGUCGCAGAGUACAACAUUAUGUGCGAUCCCCACGCUGCUCAAAUCGUUCUAGACGUUCCAGUCAAAAAGACGAUGGUACCAAUCAACGUCACCCACACCGCGAUCGUCACUCGAGACGUGCACCGACGUCUUCUCUCGCCGCACACCCCAGCGGUAUCACACUCGUCUUCUCCCGACGAACCCCUCCCAAACCCCACCACCUUGAACCUCCGUCACACACUCUCGACGCUCAUCUCCUUCUUCGCAGCCGCGUACAAAUCCACGUUUGGCUUUGACGACGGCCCUCCACUGCACGACGCCCUCACUAUCGCGUACAUCUCCAAACCUGAGCUGUUCAAAGCGACGAGGUAUAGAGUCGACGUCGAGCUCACCGGCACACAUUCACUUGGCGAGACGGUCGUGGACAUCUGGCGGUACAAGAAGUGUGAUGAAAGCUGGGGAAGGACCGGACGGAAUUGUCUAGUUGCUGAUUUCUUGAAUGUACCAGGGUUCUUCAAUCUUCUUUUGGAGGCUGUCGAAACUUGUGACAAAGUGUCACCGCUCAACAAGAACUCGGGCUAGAGAAAUCGAGGCCUCUCGGACUCCAUUUGGGAUACUGUAUCUGCCGCAUGGUGAAAGUUACACCUCGGGCUACGAAUCGGACCUGCACUCUGGUGUGGAUUGGUAUUGGGGAUCGGAAAGGAUGCGAUGGAACACGAAAGCAAAGCCCGAUUAGAUGAUCUCGACGUGUUUUCCAAACCGUUCAAAUCGUACAUACAUACAUAGCUUUCGAACAUAAUAAACUACAAAUAAUACAAUCGACCCGA